CUUAACGGAUAAUGCGGUACAGGAUCCAGGGGCUCUCAAAUAUGAUAAAUGUCUGCAAAUUAAAUUGUUUAUUUUUCUGUAUUAUGGCUGAAGUUGUAAGCCUUUAAAGAAAGUUUAAAAUCACUUUUUGAAAAAGAUUUAAAGACAAAAAAAGAAGUCUAACAGACAAAUAAACAAGGCAGCUUGGAAACAUAGAUGGACUUUCUUGCAGGAUGUAUAGGAGGUGUUGCUGGGGUCUUGGUAGGACACCCAUUUGAUACCGUAAAGGUCAGACUUCAGGUGCAAAAUGUGGACAAGCCCCUCUAUCGUGGCACUUUCCACUGCUUCCAGUCUAUUAUAAGGCAGGAGUCGAUGUUGGGCUUAUACAAGGGUCUCAGUUCACCCAUGAUGGGCUUGACCUUCAUCAAUGCCAUCGUGUUUGGGGUGCAGGGACAUACCUUGCGCCUGCUGGGCCGGGACACCCCCACAAAUCAGUUCCUGGCAGGUACAGCGGCUGGCAUGGUCCAGUGUGUGGUCUGCUGCCCUAUGGAGUUGGUCAAGACUCGCAUGCAGAUGCAGGGUGCUGGACAGAGAAAAGUACAAACAAAACUGUACAAGAAUUCCCUGGACUGCCUGAUGUGCAUCUAUCGGCGGGAAGGGUUGCGUGGAAUCAACCGGGGCAUGAUGAUUACCGUGGUUCGUGAGACUCCUGGAUUCGGUAUCUACUUCCUCACCUAUGAUCUGUUGACACGGUGGAUGGGCUGUGCUCCUAGUGAGUCCUACCUGGUACUUAAGCUUCUCCUGGCUGGUGGCCUGGCUGGCUCAGCAUGUUGGAUUUCCACUUACCCUGCAGAUGUUGUCAAGUCCCGUCUCCAGGCAGACGGAGUGGGAGGGGUCAACAGGUACAGCAGCGUGACAGACUGCGUGCGACAAUGCUGGCAAAAGGAGGGCUGGCGGGGCUUCACACGCGGCCUCAACUCCACACUGCUGCGGGCGUUCCCUGUCAACGCCGCCACCUUUGCUACCGUCACGCUCUUCCUAAUGUACAUGCAGGAAGAUGAAGGCAAAAAAGACUGUGAUCUUGCCCCAGGGGUUUUGCAUCCACAGGCUGAGCCAUCAGGCCUGUGACUCUGUCCAUGAGUCUUGAUCAUCUUUCCAACUGACCCUAGCAGAUAGCUCAGUUCAACUGGAGCCGGAUAUUAGGGUACGGUUAUGACUAGACAUUGGGCUACUGGUCUGGACGACAAACCUGUUUGUUAUUACACUACGAGGAAUCCUGGGCUGCAAAUACCCAACAGUGCUGAUUUCCCAGAGGAUUCAUUCGUGUAUAAUAUAUAACAGUUAUGUUCAUCAUUAGACUGUUUUACAUUUACUUGGCAGAUGCUUUU